AUGCACCUUGAGACCUGUGGGGAGCCUCUGUCAUCAUUGAGGACCACGGUGGAGCUGCAGACUAGUCACAUUGGAAAAGGCUGUGACCGGGAGACCUACUCUGAAAAAUCUCUUCAGAAACUCUGUGGUGCCUCAUCUGGCAGCACUGACCUUCUUCCAGCCCCAAGUGUUGCCACCAAUUGGACAGCUUCUUUGGUGUCUGACAGCGGCAGGGACAGUGAUUUGAUCUUCAGAUUUGAUGGUCAUCAGGCAGCAAAAAUACCAGACUGGGUUGUUCCCCAGAAUCUGACAGACCAGUUCACCAUAGCAACAUGGAUGAAGCAUGGGCCUAGCCCUGGGCUCAGAGCUGAGAAGGAGACACUACUCUGCAACUCAGAUAAAACUGAGAUGAAUCGCCAUCAUUACUCGCUUUAUGUCCAUAAUUGCCGACUAGUAUUCCUGUUGCGGCGAGACUUCACUCAGGUGGAUACCCUCCGACCAGCAGAGUUCCACUGGAAACUGGAGCAGAUAUGUGACAAGGAGUGGCAUUACUACGUCAUUAACGUGGAAUUCCCAGUGGUGACACUCUACGUAGACGGAGUUACAUACGAUCCUUACUUGGUGACAGACGACUGGCCCAUCCAUCCAUCACAGAUUGAUGUACAGCUCACAGUUGGUGCCUGCUGGCAAGGUGGAGAAGUGUCAAAGCCACGGUUCACUCAAUAUUUCCGGGGAAGCCUAUCUGGACUGACCAUCCGACCAGGGAAGAUUGAGAGCCAGAAAGUAAUUUCCUGUCUGCAGGCGUGCAAAUGCAAAGAGGGACUGGACAUUAAUUCCCUUGAGAGCCUGGAUAAAAGUAUAAAGUUCCACUUUAACCCAGCUCAAUCCAUCCUGGUAAUGGAGGGAGAGGACUUGGACAGCAUGAACGCUGCCAUGAGAAAAGUUUCCUAUAUAAACUCCCGCCAGUUUCCCACACCAGGCAUAAGGCGCCUGCAGAUUUCGACUACUGUUCAGUGCUUUGGUGAGGACACUUGUAUCACCAUACCAAGCAUUGAUGCCGUCGUGAGGGUGCUGCAGCCCAUUGAGCCCAGGAUCACCAUCACUGGAGUGGAGAGACUCAGCCGACCUGCCUCUGACUUUGAAUCUUUCAGAGGCAUUCCUUUGUUCCAGGAUCUUCACAUCAUUAGUACAGUCACCAAGGCUGACACCAUUGUAUAUCGUGCAGCACAUCAAUCUGGGAUGCUGGGGGAAAUAAUUCACAACUUGGACUACUGUGAUAUCGUGGUGUUGGGGGAAGAAUUGGUCCCAGAACAAGAAACUCUCCAACUGCAGCGAAGCUUACUGCUUGGAAAACAUCUGGAUGCCACCAACUCUACCUCUGGCAUAUCCAUAUAUGGUGUCGACUCCAUGGUAAACUAUGAGCAGGUCAUCCGACAGGUACGCUACCACAACUGGCAGCCAGAGCAGCUAAUUGAGAGAGGGUUUCGUCUGACCUGCUCAGAGCUCAAUGGACGCUACACCAGCAAUGAAUUCAACCUUGAGGUGAGUGUCUGGCACAGUUCAGAGACCAGAGAACACAUCAGCCACAUGAUAGCAUCACCUCAGUAUAUGCAGGUGGUCCACCAUCCAUCGAUGAUCAACGAAUUAUAUCCCAACCAUGUUUCUGGCGUACCAAGCGCUGCCACCAUGGUAAUCGUAAUAUGUAUCGCAACCCUUGUGAUAGUGGUGGUGCUGGGUGUAUAUCGCAUCCAUCUGAUGCACCAACAGGAGGUGAAAUUGCCAGAGACAGCAAGAGAGGCAGACGUGACUUGGGAUGACUCAGCUCUGACAAUCACCGUGAACCCGAUGGAGAAUUUUGUGGAACCCCAGACUGCAGAGGAGGAGGCUAGUGAAGCAGAGGAGGAUGAAGAAGAGGAUGAGGAAGAUGAAGCAGAUGGAGACGACAUCACCAGCGCUGAGUCAGAUGACAGUGAGGAGGAAGAAGAUGUGGAGCUACCCAUGGUGCAACAGUCAAAAAAGAAGGCUCAAAGCUGGAAGAAAACAAUAUCUUAUUAA